AUGAGCGAAGCAAGUGAUCCAAGUGACAUCGAAAUGUCCGAUAAACAAGACGACAAGGAUAUAGAUUUUAACGUGGAUGAUUAUUGUCAUGAAAUUGACAGUGAUGAUUCUUUUAUUGAAUUGCCGGAGAAUAACGUUAACUCUGGACACAGAUUCGACAAGAAAUUAAUAUGUAUUAAAUAUCCAGGAAACAUUGUUAAUGUCGAUAAAGCUAUUGAAACAUUGGGUGGCAUUAGUUCCAUAUCUAUGACUGUAAAUGUUCCUAAUAGAAGAUUAGAACUACGAUUUAGACCUGAUGAUGGUUAUAGCAAACCUACUUGUGGGGAUAGACAUAGAACAAAUGGCUUUUUACUUAGAGUUAGAAUAAACAAAAAUAAGGAAAAAGAUUGCAGUGUUAACUUUUAUUAUAAUAAUAAAGGAGCAGCUGAGAAAAAAUGUGCUACAGAUAAUAAAAAUCUAUAUGAUAUGUGUACAGACAAGAAUCUAUUAAAAAGGAAAAAGAACCUGUUUAUCUUUAACAACAAUAAAUAUGAAAAUUUAUCUCAAAGGACAGACUACGAAGUACCACGUUUAAAAAUAUUAGGAAGAAUAGAGACUGAAUUCAAAUUUAUGAAUUUAUGUGAUUUUCAAUAUGUUCCAAUGACACAGAACAGAUUAAAUCCAAAAAAAUUGGAAUGCAUAUACAGUUUAAUUUAUCCAACGGGCAUUCCUCUUUAUUCUUGGUUGAAGAAUGAUGUACCAUAUUUUCUUCCACCAGCUGUUUUCAGCAGAAUGGAUACUGUCCAACAGUAUAUACCAAAAACUGAAACAGAUUCAAACUCAGACAAUGUAAUUGGUACAAACAAAAAAUCUAAAGCAGGCUUUCCCAGUUACGUGUACUUUUCUACAUCUGAAAUACCUACCGCAGCACCAAAAGGCAUUGAAACAGCUAUGAAAGUGAAGUUUCUUCAAAACACACACUUGGAGCAAGUACGUCAACUGUUCGAAGAGCGUCCAAUCUGGUCAAAAAAUGCCAUUAUGUAUAAAACACGAUUUACAUCCGAACAACUGAAGAUAUUAUUACCAUCAGUAGCAUAUUAUUUUAUGACUGGACCAUGGAGAAUUAUGUGGAUAAAACUAGGCUAUGAUCCAAGAAAGGAUAUUAAUGCGAGAAAAUAUCAGACAUUGGAUUAUAGAUUAAAAGCUAUGCAUGGAUUAGGUUCAACUGUCAGAUGUAAAAGAAAUUAUUCAAAUUACACAUUACCAUAUAAAUCAGCACCUGUUUCUAAACAGAAACCUGCAGUACUUACUGCUACGUUGAAUCAGGAACAAAAUUUGAAGAAAGAGCGGCAUUUAUAUGAGAAUGUGUAUAUAUACCGGGAAGGUAUGGUACCUCCUUCCCGGCAAAUGUUUUAUCAGUAUUGCGACGUCUUAGUAGCAGAAAUACAGGAAAUGUUGGCAAAACUCCCUGAUCCUUUACCAGGUAUAAGAUGUCAUGAAAAGAGAGGAUGGCUGCCAACUGAUUUUGACGUACAGUGCAGAGAAAUUUUAAAUAAACAAGUACGAGCUGUUUUGAGAAAAAGGAUGAAUAUUCCUGAGGAUCAUCCAACAUCGCUUCCACGAAAACGGAAAUAUGGCAUUAAAUUAAAAUAUAAUAAAAUGAUUAAUAAAAAAACAAAAAAGAAUAUAACAAAUUCUACGGAAUCAGGCUAAUAUUACGUUUAUCGU